CUACCUUUUGAUUUUUGUUGUUAAUGGUUUCGGUGUUGUUUUGUUGCGAACGUGGAGCGACUGUAGCACGAACAGAUCAUAUAAUUUAUUUUUAUUUCGUAGUUCAUUAUUUAAGUAAAAUUGUCUAAGUGACACUCAAUAACCAUGAAACCUACCGUUGCCGCUGACGAAAUGUUUCCCGAAGGAGUUGGGCCAUGGAUGGAUUUAGAAGAAGCUGGUGGUCCAUCCAAUCUUCUUAUGGAUUUGGCUGCAAAUGAAAAAGCAGUCCAUGCCGACUUCUUUAAUGAUUUUGAAGAUUUGUUUGAUGAUGAUGAUCUAAAGUAGUGUUGGAUGCUGUACCUGUUAUGACUAAUUAUUGUAAAAUACCUAUGCUAAUCUAAGAAAUAAAGUACUUUAAAACUUA